CGUUCAGAAGCGGUUGGUGAGUUGAUGCGCUGCUCAACAGAAUCGACGCUGAGAACAAACGACCAUCUGUUUACUGAUACAUUAAUCCGUCAGAUUAAGCGAUCAAUAAAUCACCUUCAUUGCUUUCAUAGAAACUGAAGAGAACUCCUGAUCAAGACUGCAUACCUGCUGAGACCUGCUAGCCUAACUUUUGCAUAGAUUUUUGACUUUUUAAAGGGUACUUGGGGCAUUCAUUGCAGACAGUUUCUCAUUAGUGAAGUCACCAGCCACUGAGCAUGUCAGUGGCUCUUCUUGUGCGAUAUGCCACACUCGGCGGUUCCCGUGUCUGCUGCAGGGCUGCUCUUGGACUGACCAGCACUCAUCACGAAGACCAGAGACGGGCUCUGCACACUCCAUCACCUCCCCGAUCCAGCAACUCUCGCUUUGAUCCGGACAGUAGUGGGCAUCCGACUACCUGGGACUCUUUUGGGAUUUGGGACAACCGCAUUGAUGAGCCUAUUUUGCUACCGUCAAGUAUACGCUAUGGAAAGCCCAUCCCCAAAGUUAGCCUGUCUAAGGUGGGAUGCGCUUCUCAGAUUGGCCAGCGUAAAGAAAACGAAGACCGUUACCAGCUGUCGCAGAUGACGGGGAACAUCAUGUAUUUUGCUGUGUUUGACGGGCAUGGGGGGGCAGAGGCUGCUGAAUUCUGUCACAGGAAUAUGGAAAAGUAUAUUAAAGACAUGGCCAAGAAAGAGGAUAACUUGGAGUUAGUUUUAACCAAAGCAUUUCUUGAGGUGGACAAAGCAUUAGCAAGGCAUCUUCACUUCAGUCAAGAUGCCUCUCUGUUGAGUGCAGGCACCACUGCAACAGUAGCUCUGCUGAGGGACGGGAUCGAGCUGGUGGUUGCCAGUGUGGGCGACAGCCGGGCCAUGAUGUGCCGGAAAGGCAAAGCCCUUAAACUCACUAUGGACCACACACCUGAGAGAAAGGAUGAAAAAGAGAGGAUACGUAAGACUGGAGGUUUUAUAACAUGGAAUAGUCUGGAUCAACCUCAUGUCAAUGGCAGACUGGCUAUGACACGCAGUAUUGGUGAUUUUGACCUCAAAAAUGCAGGUGUCAUUGCUGAACCAGAGACCAAGAGAAUUACGUUGCAUCAUGUCCAUGACUCGUUCCUGGCACUCACCACUGAUGGCAUCAACUUCAUCAUGAAUAGUCAGGAGAUCUGUGAUGUCAUAAACCAAUGUUAUGACCCUAAAGAGGCAGCACAGCGCAUAUCUGAGCAGGUUCUUCAAUAUGGAGCUGAGGACAACAGCACGAUCAUUGUGGUGCCCUUUGGUGCCUGGGGCAAAUACAAGAGCUCUGAUGUGAGCUUCUCCUUCAGCCGCAGUUUCGUCUCCAGUGGUCGUUGGGCCUAAAUAAAAAUAAGGAAGAUUGACGGUUUAAGUCAUAGAAGUGACAAGAGUGUGAGCUGAUCAAUGUGCAAUAUUCUCUUAAUCCAUAUGUUGAGGAACGCCUCAAAAAGACCAUUCAACCAACAUUUUGGAAAAACACAAAGCUUGCUAACUUGGACUCGUCAGAAUGAUACUGAGCGGUCUGUUUUGUCUAGAAAAGCAAAACAAACAUUGCAAUAAUUUCUAAGACAUUGCUGGAAUUAUUGCUUCCCACUAUUUAUUCCAAAUCUGUUUCAGUGUAUAGCUUUUUCCGGUUUCCUCAGUUCUGGUUUUGUUUUCACGUUUACAAAUACAAAAUGACUGAGGAUGUGAAUGUAACAUUGGUACUGUAGAAUAGUUUGCCUUAUCCCUUAUAGUGAAAUCAACACCCUUAUGUUAUUUUUUUAUAACAGGAAUUUUAAGCACUUUCAGAUUUCAGGAGGUUCCAUCGUAAUUGUUGUCGCUGUCUCAGUAGUUUGGCCAGUGGACUACAGGCUAUGUAUUUCCUAUGCACAUUUGCCCAUAUCCACUCAGUAGACGACUGUAUAUACUGAAGUAUGUACUCUUGCGUAAGCACACGUUUAUAUAUGGGUGUCUCCUGUUUUAGUGUGAAUAUUAAUUAAGCUUUAAUGCUACACUUGCAGUUUAUGGGAAUAUUUUUACUAAAUGGAAUUUGCCACACAACUUAAGGUCCACUUCGCAAAUGAAUCUGUGAUUUUUCUGUGCCUUUUCCAUAAAAGUCAGUUCUUAUUUGAUAUGCACAAUGUUCUUCAAUUGUAUAGUAUGAAGUGUGCUGUCAAUCACAAUGCAUAGAGCAAAGUACAGAUGCUUGUUUUAUGUUAUUUAUAUAAUAUAGAUGGACAUUUAAAUGUAUGAUAUAUACAACUGUAUAGAUGUUAUAUUUAAAAAAAAAAAAAUUAUUGUCUCGGCGCUAAAGAAGAGAAGUGUUCUGUUUGAAAUGUGACAUUCUGCUUAAGCCUAGACAUUUCUAUAGAAAAGGCUUCGGUCAUAAUCUCUGAUGUCGUGUGAUUUAUUUUAUUUUUUAUUUCUAGAGCCAUACACGUGACCUCAGAAUAACAGCAUCUAUGUUCAUGUCUGCAUUAACAGUUCAUAUUAUGAUGCUUCUGUUACUUGACAUAUUAAUUUCUACAUCAGCCUAAUGUGAAGAGGAAUUCGUUUGAGCAUUUCUGCUCAUUUUAAGCUUUUAACUGAGUUUGUAUUCCUUUAAAACAAUACGGGGUCUUCCUGUUCAAUAGCACAUGCAGAGGAUGUACCAGUGGUUUCUCUACUUGUAUAUUGCUCUUAAGUCUAUAUUCUAUUCGGUGUUAUGAUAACUGCAUGGAGACCUAGAACUUGUUUUCAUCAAUCUGUAAAACAAUUAUUUCCUGUUCUAUACGUGGACCUAAUUUUGCUUUAUUGGUGUGCAGUUUAAAAAGAUUGUAAAGUCAAUACACAUUUGAAUAAAGUUUCACCAGAAACAUCUC